GCCUAUGACCCACUCUAUGCUUAAACUACCAUCAUGGAUGGGGGGUGUAGUUCCGUUGAGGUACUUAUUCACCUCCACUUCAUUACUAGCAACGUCGAAGCAAAGUCAACUUGGUUACUCCUCCAUCACACCACAGAUACUACCAAUCACCGACAACUCCCACUACCAGUGUAAGCGCUGAAGACCACCCCUUCCCCUCGAGACUGCACCAUUAGCGUCGCCCCUCGGCGCUUCCAGCUCUGGGCGCCCCACCAAUCACAUCCCAGAACCCGGUGAUGGCACUUGCAGAAGAGCGUGAUGAUCCCCAAUAUCCUUGUCCAGCGGUACUCCAUUUUACCCCUCUCGUCCACUCAUACGCCGUGCAAGCUGCAGUCGCAGUCACAUCCGAGUCCCGCAUCCUGACUUGUCCGCGCACCCAUGGCCGCAUCGCACCUUAGGUCGAUUGCCCCCUCAAAAAGAGCCCGAUCAGCCCUCACCCGCUGUCCGUGGCUUGUGUCUUGGUCGAGCUUCUUUGACAGCUGCGCUGGAUUGAAUCCCACGCUCCGUCGAUUUGUCCUGUCUUGUAUACUACAAUUAGGAACGAGAGCUGAGCGACGCUGAGCGUCACGAUUAGCUUCAACUGGGAGAGAUUGCGCCGUUUUUCUCUCGCUCCCAGUUCUUGUCCACAAGGUGCUGAGACUGGCUGCGUAUCUGGACCGACAAUUCAUAUCUCAAAAUGGCUUUGCAACAAUUAUCGUCGCGAUGGGCUGCUCUGGUCGUCCUGCUGUGGACAGCACUCGCCCGCGCCCACACCGUCAUCACCUACCCAGGCUACCGCGGGAACAACCUUCAAACCAACGGGACCGUCGCCGAAGCAAACGGUCUCGGUGUCGCCUACAACUCCAAAAAUGACUCCCUAUACUAUCCCUACGGCAUGGAGUGGAUUUACCCAUGUGGUGGCAUGCCAACCUCUACGAACCGCACUUACUGGCCCGUCGGUGGCGGCGCCGUCGCUUUGCAGCCUGGCUGGUUCCCGGGCCAUGCGACGGCCUUGAUAUACAUCAACAUUGGCCUCGGCGAGAUUCCCGAGAACAUGAGCCACCCAGUCGUGUCGCCCUUCCAGAUUACCGGUCCCUCGAAUAAUCCUUACCCGGGAACUAUCUGCCUGCCUCAGGUACCACUGCCCGCCAACAUCAGUGUCAAGGCCGGUGAUCUGGCUACGAUUCAGGUUGUGGAGAUUGCCAAGCACGGCGCCGCGUUGUAUAACUGCGUCGACAUUAUCUUUGCCGAUAACGGAGACUCCAAGGUUGCCGAAGUCACUACUGAUAACUGCUUCAACUCGAGCGAUAUCAGCUUCCAGUAUGUGUACACGACCUCGGGUAUUGGGUCUGGCGCAGCUACGUUGAAGCCUCCACGGCAGAUGUGGAUUGCAGUCGUACCGUUCCUACUAGCGGCAGCGUUCAUGUAGAUAUUGAUUUGUCGAUUUCUUGCCGAUAUGAUGCAUUUACGUGCGUGCUGCUUUUUGCUUUUGAACAUACCCUAUCUUCCACUGGAAUGAUUGCUGCAAUAAAAUGUUAAUGUGAUUGAUUGAAAUGUUUCUUCGUUGUUUGGAGAUUGGCAUGCUUUGGCCACUGCCGUUCACUAUUACCUUAAUAGGGCCAUUGCGGUGUCUGGGGGCGUUUUGCUUGGAGUAUAGUGGUUUAUGAAGAACGAAAUGAAAAACUUUCAUCGUACAUC